UCAGCAAAUAUAGCAUGGAAGAUCACGUGAUGAUAACAAAAUGGCAGCACAAAUAACGUCGGGUCCCAAUCAAGGGAAUGUCAGAAAACCCGACCUAUUCAGCAAGCUAGAGGGUUUUAAUGAUGAUGUCAACAUGGCAGUGUUUAUCCCCCGGGAGGAUGGGGUCAUUACUGUCAGUGACGAUAAAACUUUAAGAGUUUGGUUAAAGCGAGACACAGGCCAGUAUUGGCCAAGUAUAUGCCAUACAUUGCCGUCACAAGCUGCAUCUUUAGCCUACAACGAGGAAACUAGAAGAACAUUUAUUGGCUUGGACAAUGGAACAAUAUCCGAAUUUAACCUCACGGAGGAUUUUAACAGAAUGUCUCAAACAAGGGAUUACCUAG